AUGGCGUCCCUCAGAGUAGAAGCAGAAAAAGGCGAACUGAGGCAGCAGGGAGCCAUUGAGGCGGCUGAAGAGGCUCCUCAGGACCUUGAGGUCGCCAAAGCGGCCGAGCGAGUGAUGGUGGAAGAAACUCUGAAGGCGGGUAUGCCCGCCUUCCAAUUUGACCCAGAUGCCUCACCUGAAGAAAAAGCCGCUAUCGCAGAUUCUCGGAUACCCCCUGGCUUUCACCACGACAGGAAGCCAAAAGGUAUAGCGGUCAUCACGGACAAGAACGAUCGUACCCUCGACGACUAUGAUCUACCCCCUCCAAAAUCGGCGACAGAUAUACUCGAUGAAGAUGUCAAAGAUAGCUCCAGGGGCAAACCAGACGCUGGUAUUCAUGAAGACAUGAGGUGGGCACGCGACAGGACAGGCUGGGCUCCGCGAUUUGCGCAGACUGCGGCAGAAGAAGAGGCAGAAAAAGCAGAUGGAACCUUACUGGAUCACCAGGACUUUCUGGAAGGGAAAUUGGAUGACAAGUUCUUCGGUGACUGGUAUCAUAACGCCGGCGUCAUCAUAUUCGCCUGUCUGUCUUCUUGGGUUGUCGCCGUCCUUGGUGGCGGUUUGGGAUGGAUCUUCCUCGUGAUGGCAGCCUGUAGCACCUAUUACCGAACCUCCGUUCGGCGAGUUCGGCGGAAUUUCCGGGACGAUAUCAAUCGAGAAAUGGCUAAGCAACGCCUGGAAACCGACACCGAGAGCUUAGAGUGGAUCAAUAGCUUCCUGGUCAAGUUCUGGCCCAUCUAUGCACCCGUUCUGAGCGAUACUAUCAUCAAUUCAGUCGACCAGGUUCUCAGUACCUCGACUCCUGCCAUGCUGGAUAGUCUCCGACUGAAAACCUUUGUUCUGGGUACCAAGCCUCCGCGGUUGGAGCAUGUCAAAACAUACCCGAAGACGGAGGUUGACACCAUCAUCAUGGAUUGGAAGUUUAGCUUCACUCCCAAUGAUGUCAUGGACCUGACAGCUCGCCAGCUGAAAAAUAAGAUCAACCCCAAGGUGGUCUUGGAGGUUCGAUUAGGCAAAGGCGUCGUCAGCAAAGGUUUGGAUGUCAUAGUGGAGGACAUGGCUUGUAGCGGUCUGAUGAGGGUCAAGAUGAAGCUUCAGGUCCCUUUCCCUCACAUCGAGCGGGUGGACGUUUGCUUCAUGGAGCGCCCGGAGAUUGACUACGUUUGCAAGCCCUUGGGUGGCGACCAUCUGGGUUUCGAUAUCAACUUCAUCCCCGGUCUCGAGUCUUUCAUCAAGGAGCAAAUACACAAUAACUUGGGACCGAUGAUGUACAGCCCUAACGUUUUCCCUAUCGAAAUCGCGAAAAUGUUGGCCGGGAACCCUGUCGACCAGGCCAUCGGUGUUGUUGCUGUGACCCUCCACGGUGCUCGUACAUUGAGGAACCCGGACAAGUUUUCUGGAGCGCCUGACCCCUACGCCGUGGUUUCGUUGAAUAAUCGCACCGAGCUCGGCCGCACCAAGACUGUCCACGACACAGACAGCCCAAGAUGGAACGAAACGUUCUACGUCAUCAUCACCUCUUUCUCUGAUGCCUUGACUAUUCGACCGUUUGACUGGAAUGAGUUCCGCAGAGACAAAGAACUGGGCACGGCCACAUUCGCUCUAGAUAGACUCGAGGAGGAGCCAGAGCAUGAGGGCGUCUACCUCGAAGUUAUGGCCAGUGGCCGAUCCCGCGGUGCCAUCCAUGCGGAUAUCCGGUUCUUCCCAGUCCUGGAGGGCAGAAAGUUGGAGAACGGCGAGACUGAACCCCCGCCGGAAUUGAACACAGGUAUUGCUCGCUUCACGGUCGAACAGGCCAAGGACUUGGACGGUACGAAGAGUAUUGUUGGCCAGCUCAAUCCGUAUGGUGUCCUCAUCCUGAACGGAAAGGAAAUCCACAUUACCAAGAAGUUGAAGCGCACAAACAAUCCCAUAUUCCAGAACGCAUCCAAGGAGUUCUUGGUCACAGACAAGAAGAAUGCCCGUCUUGGUCUCGUAAUCAAAGAUGACCGUGAUCUUGCACGAGAUCCAGUCCUGGGCACGUACCAAAUCAAGAUGAACGACAUUCUCAAAAUGAUGGAAAAGGGCCAGGAUUGGUUUCAGUUGCAUGGCACAAAGUCCGGGCGCGCGAAAUUGACCUUCCAGUGGAAACCGGUUGCUCUAGGUGGCAUCUCAGGCAGUGCUGGCUAUGUGGACCCUAUCGGUAUCAUGCGCUUCCACUUCAAGAAGGCAUCAGACCUUCGGAACCUGGAGACAAUGGGCAAGUCGGAUCCAUACGUACGGGUUCUGCUUUCCGGAUACAUGAAAGCGCGGACAGUUACAUUCCGAAACAACCUGAAUCCCGAAUGGGAUGAGGUAGCAUAUGUGCCGAUCCACAGUCCCCGCGAGAAGCUCAAACUGGAGGUCAUGGAUGAGGAAAGUAUAGCCAGCGACCGAACACUGGGAUCUAUUGAAAUGUCGGCGGCUGACUACGUCCACGAGAAUGAGAAUGGAGAAUACGAAGCCGACGAUGAAAAGCAGCUCAUAGCUAGUGGCCUUCGCAUUGGGAGGGGGCCGAUCAAGGGAACACUCUACUACACUGUUGCCUUCUAUCCCACUAUUCCAGUCGUCAACCCCGAGGAUGAGGUGGAGGAAGAGGGGUUGGCUGAUCUCCACAGCGAUGAAGAACAUGACGAGGUACCGAGAAAGAGUGUUGAUUCCAAGCGAAGGAAUGGCCACGUCAAGACUGCUAGCAUGGAUUCCAAAGCAUCUACACCUGCGUCCCAACAAGCAGCCAAAACAAACGGUACAUCCGAGCCACCGACUCCGGGACGGAGUAGCUUUUCGAAAGACUCCGAAAUCAUGUCUGUCAAGUCAAUCAACAAUAUCCCCAAAACCUAUAUCUCUGUGGAAGAGCUCGCAAACUACGAGUCCGGCUUUCUGGUGUUCAAGUUCCACGACGUCCAGCUUUCGCACACUAAUGUGCAAGUGGAAGUCCUCAUGGAUGACUACAUGUUCCCUGCAUAUUCGUCGCCGAAGCUCCGCUCCAAAAACGCCCAGAUUGAAGACAUUGGGGAUGCCUUCAUCCGUGAACUUGAAUUUUCAAAGAUUACCCUCCGGAUCGUGGACAAGAAUAGCCCCAAAGAUGAUGGUGAUGAACAUACCGUGGCAAAACUGACAGGGGACACACUCUCGACCUUGCAGCGCAUCCUGUAUACUCCAACUGCACUCACCCUCCGAUCGAACGAUGGAGAAGUCAGCAAGGUCACCGUUAGUGCUCGAUAUAUUCCAGUCACCAUGAAACUGGACCCUACCGAGAGCAUUAACAAUAUGGGCACUCUCCGAGUCGACGUUUUGGAUGCUGCGGAACUUCCAUCUGCCGACCGCAAUGGCUUUAGUGAUCCGUACUGCAAAUUCCGUCUUAAUGACGAAGCAGUGUUCAAGACCAAGGUACAGAAGAAAACGCUACAUCCCGCCUGGAAUGAGUUCUUCGAGAUUCCUGUCAAGUCUCGGAUCGGCUCUGAUUUCCGUGUGGAUGUCUAUGACUGGGAUUUCGGUGAUAAGGCUGAUUACCUCGGCGGAACGCCAAUCGACCUUGGAAUCCUAAACCCUUUCCAGAGCAAAGAGAUGUCCUUUGUUCUGGACGGAAAAUCCGGUGCCAUCCGUUUGAAGAUGCUGUUCAAACCGGCAUAUGUGACCCGGUCUCGGCAAGGGUCCUCUACCUUCUCCGGUAACUUUGCGACCCCGGGCAAGAUUGUCGGUGCACCUGUCAAGGGAGUCGGAUUCGUCGGUGGUAAUGUCAUCAAAGGUGCCUCUCUCUUGAAGCACGGCAUCAUGUCUCGAUUCCGUGGGGAUGAUUCCUCCAGCACCAGCGAAAUCCCCGAGGAGCCGGAAGAUCCCCCUCAAUCAGACACAACUCCCGCACCCACCGUCGCCCCCACAGUGGUUGUUGAUGGGGGAGCAGCCCCCAACGCGGCCAACGGUACUACGUUGCAACACUCGCGCUCUCGCAGUGUGGCUUCGCAUUAUAGUGAUCGGAUUGGCAUUGGAGGGGCUGGCAAGGGAGAAACGGGGACGGCCACGAUCACCAUCGUUUCCGCCAGCGACUUCCCUCCCUCUGCGAAUGUGCGGGUUCUGGUGAAGGCGCUUGGUCCGAAGGGGGCCAAAGAGGUCCUCAAGAGCAAAACACACAAGGCCAACGGGGUGGGACCUGUGCAGUUCGACUCGUCGCACGAGACGUGCCGGGUGCACAACACCACGGCAGAUGCACAAUAUCAAAUCCGGGUGGUCGACCAUUCCACCUUUGGCUCAGACACGGUUCUUGGAGAAUCGCUCUUUUUUGUGGAUGACCAGGGCUCCGUGGCCGGCCAGGAAAAGGCCGUCAAGGUAGGUAGUGGCACAGUAUCUAUCCGCAGCAAUUUCUCGGGUCCCGAAUCUACCUUGCGACCUGGCACCUCCCAGUCGAAUAAUGGGGAUACGGCGUCCGAAAUGGUGGACAGUCCCGACUCUAAGAAGGCUGGCCGACGCAGUUUCCUUGGGAAGAGGAAUCCCGAUUGCUUCCAGGAUCCGUAUAAGGUGCGGGAUGCCUCCGGUACACCGCCGGUCGACAUCCGGCAUACGGGGCUCGUGACCGACGAAGGGAGCAUCCAGAUGACAGGUCUUCUCCAGGGCGAUGCACCAGGGGGACUAUUGAACUUGUUUCGGAGGACGAACUGCGUGCCUGCCCACUUUUGGUUUCGAAUUGGGGUGUGA